GUUUGAGCUCAACCCCACCCUACACCUCACAUUCCUCUACAAAUACCCCAUCUUAUCACACAGUUUCUGCACAACACUUGUACAUCACAAAACAGCAUUUCAAAACAACGCACAGACAGGAAGAAAGGAAGAACCUCAAGAAACACCUUGCUUAAUUUUUCAAUUUUCAAUCAACUUCAGAGGACACAGAAGACAAGAAUGGGAUCUGCUGGAGUUCAGAUUGUUUGUGUGGCCCUCGGGGUCUUUGGACUGGUCGGGGCCAUCAUAUGCUGCGCUGUGCCACGCUGGAAAGUGUCCUCCUUCACAGGAUCCAACAUUGUGACAGCACAGAGCGCUCAGGAUGGUCUGUGGAUGACCUGUGUGGUGCAGAGUACCGGCCAGCAGCAGUGCAAGAACUACGAGUCGCUGCUGGAGCUGGCCUCUGACCUGCAGGCCGCCCGCGCCAUGACCAUCAUCAGCUGCAUGCUCAGCAGCCUCAGCCUCCUCAUCCUGUUCUGCGGGGCCGACUUCACCACCUGUGUGGAGAACGAAGGCGCCAAGCCCAAGAUCAGCCUGGUGGCCGGGAUAGGCCUGCUGCUGGCUGGCCUCUUGGUGAUCAUUCCUGUCAGCUGGUCCGCUCACAAUGUUGUGCAAGACUUCAACAACCCCCUGAUACCUUCUUCCCAGAAGAAGGAGCUGGGAGCGUGUAUCUUUGUGGGUUGGGGGGCCGGUGUGCUGCUCUUUCUGGCUGGAGGUCUGCUCUGCUGCUUCAGCAGGCCCAAAUCUGGCAGCUCCGGUGGAACCGCCAAGUACUACAGCAACAGCGCCUCUGCACCUAAUAAAAACUACGUGUAGUGGCUUUAUGAAGGGGACUGGUGUUUGAGAGAAAGGAGGGGAGGGUGAUUUAGUUGGUGAAAGACUGAGGAGCAACAAAGUAGAUGACACCAGGGGUUGUUUUGGAAAAAAACAGAAAAGGUCUCUGUAAAUACUGAAUGCUGAUAAUAACUGUCUCCAAUUUUUUCUUUUAUAUUCAUAGUUAUGCUGGUGAUGUUUUAAAUUUUAAAGUUGUUUUACUAUUAGGUGUUGGGUUAUGCAUAUGCUAUUUGAAAGUACAUGGAAAACAAAUGGUUUGCAGGCUGUACAUUAUAGAACACACUAACAACAUUUUGGGAUCUUAGAAUUAAAAAGGUUUCAGUUUGAUUGCUGCUUUAACACAUACAACAUCAGCCACGGUAUCCUAGCUACAAAACUGAUGCAUUCUCCUUAUUUUACUUGAGAUAUUUGACUUCAAAAGGGUCUUUAAAAGAUCCACACAAGUGUAAAGUGAAAUUAAAGAUAUGAAAAGUGUAUUUGAUGGAAGAAAAAUUAUCUGAUAAUGUAAGCUCUAAACUCAACAUUUCAGUAUAAAAGCGCCGUCCAGCCUUUUUAGAUGCCUCAUAUUUUACAUAUAGUUUGGAUCAACCAUUCUGUCUGUGUUGCAUGUUUUGAUCACUUGUCUUUUUCUCUUUAAUCUUUGCUGUUUCUAUUAUCCACAGUCAGAAAAAGCUGCUCAUAAUAGUCUUUAACCAAAGGCACCUCAGUAGGUCUCAGAGAGCAUCUGUGUGCUCUUGCUUCUCUGGUGAUACGUUCUUCAACGUUCACAACAUUUCAAACAUUUGAUAUAACAUUUGUUAUUGCUCAUUUUGUUUUGUUUCUCAUCUUGUAUGAUGAUGAGUAUAAAUGAUUAAAAUUUGGUGUAAUUCAAA